AUGACAGACGCCUGGGCCCGCGCGUCUAAGGAGAGUGUCCUUGCCGUUGUAUCGCAUUUAGUGCCUGAAAGGGUGUCUGGCGUUUUAACUUCGAAUUAUGUUGAGGAGGACGUGGUCGGCGCUUCUUUGGACGACGCACAGUCGUGGGAUCAGGAAGCGGCAGCUACAUCCAGGCAUAGAGAAGUAAGUCGUAUCGACUACUUGAACUCGAAACAUCCAUCUGCGCCAGGAGAGGACAUGCAUUUCUGUGCCGUCGAGAAAUCAAACCCCGACUUUGUCCUUGGAAAGAAUGAAGCCUAA